AUGUUCUCGCCCCCUUCUUCGCCCUCAGUGCUGGCAAGCACUUCGCGGCACAAUAUCAUCCAGCCGCGACCUCCCAGCCAGCUUCAUCAGCAAAAGUCGCUUCGACUCUUUCUUGGUCACCAGUCGGAUGAAGAAGAAGCUGCGUCAGACUGCGAUCUUGACAUUUGCUGCUACCCACAGUACGGUGAUGACGACAGCGACAUCGACGACACUUUUCUGGGCAACGCAAGUGGAUCCGCAUCGAAUCAAAGACUUCAGCCAGGACGGUUGACGAUACAUCGAAAAAGCAUUGAUGCAUCGAUCAGCCCAAAUAGCCCAACAAUGAUCAAAGCACCACACUGUGUUUCUGGUGGGCACCGUGCAGGUCUCUUCCGGCUUUCCUCCCCAUCAAGGCGGCCUUUGAAGAGGUCAAGCACAGCAACCAGCCCGAAGAAAUCCACUAUCUUGGCAGCUGCCAAGAACAACUCUGCAGCGAUACCAACAACACCGACAAAGCGUCAGAAGGGCUUCCUUGUUCGAGGUAAUGUCACUCCAUCUCGAGCUUUCAGUAUCUUCAAGGCAGCAAAGCAGCGCAAUAAGCAGCGUCAGCAGCAUGGGCUCAUGACGCCACCAAGCUCGUCUCCGUUGCGCCCCAUUAUCCUCGAUAGCUUCGACGACAGUGAUAGCGACGACGCCUCAUCUAGUCCUUCGCGCCUCCGUCAAAGACGCAGCAACGUUGCUGCUUUACCUCAAACCUCUGCUCGCUCUCUUCAGGGAGUACAUGCCCACAUACAGAGGAUUCAGAACCGUUCAGCACAUUCUUUGCCCGCAACAAAGAUCAAGGAGUCUGCAUUCGGUGAAGUGAAUGGUGUGUUGUCUCCUUUGCCACAAUCAUUGCAUAGCAUGCGCACUAGACAGCCCGUUUUUACUGACAACGGCCUACUCGCAGCAUCACGCCCCUUUUCGGCAACGCGUACUCCUACCAUCGACACGACUGCUUUUCUCGAGACCUUCGUAUCGCCCUCUUCUUGCAUCUUUCAAAUCCCCCGCAGCACUGAUGACGAAAUCUUGUCACAUCCCAUCUGUGCCGCCUACAGCUACUCUUCCAGAUCUGUCAACCCAACAGCCCAAUGGUUAGCGGUAGGUGAUGACGAAGGUCGUAUCACACUCCUCGACACGCUUCCAUGGCAAGAUGCAUCAGCCGAGUCGUUCACCACCAAACCGCAAUGGCAAGCCUCAUCAUCCUCGGCAAUUUUCGAGCUGGUAUGGCGAUUUGAUGAUCGAAGCAUUCUUUCUGGUGCGAGCGACUUUUCGAUUCGAAGCUGGGAUACCGAGUACCUAAAAUGCACAGGCAGGUUUCAAGGACACAGAGGCAGUCCGAGGACAAUCGUGUAUGAUCCAACUACGAACGGGGACGGUGGAUGUGGUAUGGUCUUCGCAAGUGCCGGACGAGACGGGACGAUUCGCAUCUGGGAUGCAAGGACCAGCUCACGCUCACAGAUGAUCGAGGCUGACGAUGAGGAUGGUGACAUUGGCAUCACGCCUGUGCUCACCAUCGACGCUGCACACAACACUGUAGCUUCUAUUGCAGCGGCUGCCGGGAGCAAAGGUCGCAAACAAAGGCUCAAAGCUACCGUUGCGGUUGGUAGAGGCAGGAAGCGCCUACCAACGUAUACAUUGCCAGCCGGCAUCACCGCGCUCGCCUACCUUGCCGAUGGCCAAGGUCAUAAGCUACUCAGCGGAGGCUCGGCCAAUGGCAUCAUCAAGUGUUGGGAUCUUCGCCAUGUGCGCCAGUCUCAACCUUCUACACCCGUUUCAGAAGUCGAUACGCACAAAUCUGCCGAGCCGCCUAUCUCUUCUGCAUGGGACACACCCGACGUGUCUCUCCUUGCGCCCGUCAGCAGCUUCGCCCGAGCCCAUGGCGUCUCGCAGAUCAUUUCAUCCUCGACCAACCUGUACGCAUCCUGCACCGGUGGCAAUAUAUACUCACUUCCACUGUCCACCUUUCUCGACUCUUGCCUCAUUCGGAGCGAAGUGCAAACGCUCUAUGAUCCCGUCCAGUGUCAAAACACGCUGUUCUCCCGUAUGGCGCUGUUCGACGACAGAUUCCUCGCUGUUGGGUGCAACACCGGAAAUGUGGCGCUGUGGGACGUCACAACUCCGAGAUUGCCGAAUGAAGAUGCAGCCAUGGGGAGAGAUGUCGAGGAGGAAAGAAGAGCGGCGCGGCACCUGGACGUCGGAUUUGCGGUCAGGUCACAGCAGCGCGGCAUGGCUGCGUUGACAGAAGGACACUCCAAGAACACAGAAGUCAAUGCGGUGGCUUGGGCCAACGGCCCCAAUGGGCCUACGUUGAGCUCCGUGGGCGAUGAUACCAAGAUUCGUACCUGGUUCGCUGACCGCAUGGCUCGCCAAAGCAUAGUUCAAGCCGCUGACGAGUAG